GAAGCGCUGAGGACGGAGAACGUUUGAGCAGCCUCAUGCCUCGCGCUCCGAACGAACGCGGAUCUGCAUUGUAUCCCGUCUGACUAGGCAAGCAUAUCGCAACCGAAGAUGUUUUGGAGCGGGAAGCGUGUGCAAUCCUGAUCCCUGUAUAUAACGCGCCAUGAUCCCAACUGGUUCAAGUUACUGCUGCUCGUUGUAAGUACUCAUUCAUCGUUAUCGUGACGAGGAACUGCUUUGGCAUGGAGAACAAAACCAAGGUCAUCAUCGCCGGUGCAGGCAUCGCAGGCCCUGUGCUUGCCAUUCUACUCAAGUCAAAAGGGUACGACCCUAUCGUGUACGAGAGGGUGGACGCUCUGACCGACGUCGGUCUCUCUCUAUGCAUGCAACCGAAUGGUUUGCGCGUGCUGGGACUGAUCCCCGGCUUCAUGGAGAAGCUAGUUGGCCAGCCUUUGGAGAGAUUCAAGCACUGCUCCGUCCUUGGCGAUGAAGCUGCCGUUCUAGUCGACGUCGACUACCCGUCUCGUCUCCCGGAGGCAACGGGAUACUCCAUGAUGGGCGUUCGACGGCCGCUCUUCAACCGCACCAUCGUGGAAGUUGCAGAGAGUCACGGCAUCAAGAUCAUCUUCGGCCAUCAGCUCGUGUCGCUCAAGCAAGAGAAUGACAGCGUCGAGGUCACCUUUGCGAAUGGCGUCGUUGACAACGCAAGCUUCGUGGUCGGCUGCGAUGGGCUGCAUAGCAACACGCGCACAUGUCUCUUCGGCCGAGAGUCUGUUGACUACACGGGACUCACCCAGACUGGCGGAACCUCUCCGACGCCCGAGAGUCACAAGGCGCAUCGUACCAUGCUGAACGUGUACUCCGACGGUGCGCAUUUAAUCGCGUUCCCAAUCAACGACAACCAGACGUCUUGGGCGAUCUCACGACGGGAAGCCGAGGCGAGGGAGUCAUGGCGCUCGGUCGACGAGGAACAACAGAAGCAGUUCAAGGAGGGUCCAUGGUCCCAGUGGCCCUUCGGCGCCGGCGAACUCGUCCGCACUGCAGACCGGAUUGUGAAGUAUGGGCUCUACGACCGGCCAGAACUCCAGUCGUGGCACAAGGGCCGCGUCGUUCUUCUGGGAGAUGCGGCGCAUCCCACGAGUCCGCACCUCGGCCAGGGCGCGAACCAGGCGUUCGAAGACAUCUACCACCUGGUCCGCCUCCUCGGGAAGCACAACCCUUCUGCGGCGCCACCAUCCCCGGAGCUACUCAACGCCGUCUUCUCCGAGUACGAGCAGCUCCGGUUCGCUCGUACGUCGGAGCUUGUGAAGGGCGCGCGCAAGCAAGGAGACUUGCGUGUCCUUCAGGGAGAGGAGGCGUGCAGGGCACGGAACGAGUCGCUGAAGGCGAUGUGGGCUGACGAGAACUUCACGCAGAACUGGCUUCAGUUCUUCGAGCAUCCGUUCGUUACCGGCAAGAGCGAGAUAUGACGGAGGGUAUCAACUUCACAGUGGCCGCUUGUACUAUGUUAGGCGUAUUUCAGGGCUUGUAGCCGGCCGUAUUGCAUGUCUUAUGAAUGUGCUCUGUUGAGAAGUCGCUUCAUGCCAUGCAGGUUGGAAGUUCAGUCUCGAGACUUUGGUUUCCCUCAG